AUGGAAAGAAGAGAAGAAUGUGUGAAGAAAAUGGAAGAAGGAUUAAUGGUGGAAAAGAAGAAACUUGUUGCAGGCAAGAAGAGAGGAAUAAUAGGAAGAUCUUCAACCCCAUCACCUACUUGGAGACUUCAAUUUCCUUCUUCUCAACAUAAUGUUCAACAAGAGUUCCUCAACUCUCCAACCUCAAAAACACUUUCUGCAAGAAACCUCUGUGCAAAACUCUGGGAAUUUCACUCUCACCACCAGCCAGGGUCUGCUAGGGAUUCGAGAAGAUGUGUUCAAGCAUCAUUUGGUCAACCCCGUAGAUCAGUUGACAGAAAUGGUUCCGCUGUGCAAUCUGUGUCUGCGUCCCCUGCUAGUUACCGUAGGUCGUUGGAAGUUAUGCCAGAAAAUGAUGUAAAUCCUAGAAGUUCUUUAGGACAGUCAAGCUGCAACUCGAAAUCUUCGAGAGAGUUAGUCAAGGUUCUCGAUCGUAUGCGGUGUCUUGAAGAACAGCAUGCAUCAAAUAUAGCAACAGCAAAAGCGCUGAUAAAUGAACUAGAUUUUUCUCAAGCACAAGUAAAAGAGUUAGUACAAGAAAAGAAAAUGAAUAGGAAAAUAGUGGAGAGCUUAAUGAAACAAAUAACAGAAGACAAACGUGUUAACGAAGUCAAAGAGCGUGAUAUGAUCAAAGAUGUAAUCCAAUCUGUCAAGGAAGAGAUUGAAGAUGAAAGGAGGUUAAGAAAGAGUUUAGAAAACCGAUAUCGGAGCCUUACCAAGGAGCUUUCUGAAGUGAAGUCUUUGUUUCGUGCUAGUUUGAGAGAUCUCGGAAGAGAGAAAAAAACAAAUAUCCUUUUGGAAAACUUGUGUGACGAUUUUGCUAAAGGAGUAAGAGAUUAUGAACAUGAAGUACGUUCUGUAACGCAUAAUGCGAAUAAAAAUCACAUCAAAGACGAUAGUAGCCUUGAUAGGCUAAUACUUCAUAUUUCAGAAGCUUGGCUUGACGAGCGCACACAAAUGAAGCUACUUCAUGACAGUCGUGAUAACGAUCUCCCACAGACACAUUCAAUUGUCGACAAAUUACACGUUGAUAUUGAAACAUUUCGUCGAGCAAAGCAAUCUAUUGACUCGAGUAAACAUAGUAACUCCUCUACUAAGAAGGUCAAGGAAAUUUACCCUUGCCUAUAUUCAUUAGAUUCCUUUAAACUAAAGGAAACAAUAACUUCACCUCAAAGUUUUUCCAAGGAAGCUUCCAUCGGUACCGGUAUUUUUGAAGACAAAACGAAUGCUGAGAAAGGACUUAACAAACUCAACGCUGUAAAGAACAUGUCAUGUGAGAUUGGAAGGUAUAGCUCAACUCUAUUAAAUGCUCCUAGUUCUAGGGUAUCAAAAUUCUGGGAGACAAAACAGGGUGUACCAGAAAGUGAUGGAGCCACGACAAAGAGGAUUAAUUUAAGUCAGAGCCUAGUUGGAAACAGUUCCAUGUCAUCAGAAGGCGAUAAGGUAUACCCUGAGAGUAUUUGCAGGGAGGAUUCAUGUGUUCAUUCUGCAGUUACAGUUAAGGGAAGUCCUGUAAAACAGUGGAAAACAACAUGUGCUAGGGGAGUAAAAGACAAUACAUUUAUGGCAAAACUGAUUGAAGCAAGGUUAGAGGGACAUAAAUCUCAGUCAAAUACUAGGAAAAGCUCUUUUUGA